CGGCGUUAACGCUCUCCGCGCUCCUCCUUGCCAUCUACAGCUAGCAUGAGUUGGACGCAAGUUGUCCAGGAUGCUGGCAGCGUACCACCAGACGGCGUUCUUGAGAUGUCAGGAAGACUCCAGCCCUGGCCCUCACCUGCAGCGCAUACGAUGAUCCUAGGGACGAUCAUUCCUACGGUGGCUGGACUGCUCAUGCUCUUCAAAGACGUCUCGUCCUUUAUCCCAAUUCACAAGGCCCUCCGCAGGACGUUCAGGGCAGUCUUGUCGCCUUUCCGCAACUUCCUGACGCUGGACGAUCUGGAGGAAUGUCCGGAACGCGCUCCUCCGCCGGCGACGUGGAAGCGCAGGGCGCUCGUCCUCGGUGCUGCACUGGAAUGCAUGGCGUGGAUUGCGGCAUUUGUGUACGCAAGGGCGAUAGACGACCGCAGUAUGGCAUUGGAGGCGGUGGUCGCGUCGGUGACAUGGGUACGCGCUUUCCAUUUUCCAUACGCUGGCUGAGUGAGACAUAGACGGACGAACGUUUCGCAGUUUUACGCCUCUACGAGAGUGC